CACUGUCUAGUUCGAUCCUGCCAAAAUACACCCGCCAAAUGCCCACACAAAUACACUCAAACCACGGACCACCCAAAAAACAAGUACACAAACUCCGAACCACAAUCACCGACUCCAGAUUCUUCCACUGAUGAUGACUCAUUUUUCCAAACCACCUCUCCAAGCCACGUGUAAAUUCCCUCAAACCCCCACCGUCGCAUUGACCCUCCUCCACCACGCCACUUUGCACUCACUGCAGAUCUUCUCUCUCUCUCUCUCUCUCUCUCUCUCUCUACAUAUGUAUGCAUUUGCACAUUCGUAAUUAGGGCUGCUAGGGUUUCCAUGAGAAUGCCGCAAGUUCCAGCUACAGCUCCAUCGCAACGAACCUCUGCUUAUCUCUUCGCCCUCACUCAAGAAAUCGAGAAAAAGCUUCAGCGAGUCCGUAUAUAUGCACUGGCAUCGCCGUCGCAGAGACGCAACUUGUUGCAAGGGCUUUUCGCGGACAUCGCUUUAGAGGUUGAUGAUCGGGCCAGAGAUAUAAUUCUCAGCAGGGAAGAUCUAAUUUCCUCCUUUGAAGAUGGGGCUGAGGGCCCGUUAUGCUUUUAUGACGUGCUUGCUGAUUAUUUUGUAUGGGAACCUGAGAAGGGAAAUCCAAUUCUUGAUUUGAUAGUCCAACUGUGGAGCCAGUCAUUUGCGUCUCAUAUUUUCUCACUUCUGUUCCACAAAUGGGUGUUUGACGUUCAACUUGAUAAUUUGGAAGUCCUCCUCCGCUACUCAUCAGCUCUUGUUCAAGGUGCUACAAAUGUCUUCUGGAUUGACAUCCAAACAAACACAAGGCGUUUCCAAUCUCUCUUCCGGUAUCUUCUGGAGGAAGUUGCUUUGGUGCCUGAGCAAUUAAAGAAAAUUCCCCUGCAGGCCCAACGAGAUUUAUUUCUUCUAUUAUCAAGGUUCAUGUUAUUUUAUAACUUAGACAACAAGCUUGAAAGCUUCUUGAAGCAAUUUCCUGAUUUUCCAACUGCUUUCUUUGUUGGUGGUCCAGCAGAUAUUUUUGUUAUUGAACUCACUGAUCAGCUUCAGAAAUUGAAGGUGGAGCCAGUACUGUUACAUUACCUUUCUCAGAUUAAAGUUCUCCAAGGUCUGGCACUGAGAAUGACCACAAGUACGAGAUUGAAAACUUGCUUGUAUAGCUUCACUUCUCCUGGUGGUCCAAUGUACCCAACAAGAGCUGUUCGUCAUGCAGCCUGGGAUGCAUUAGAUUUCCUUUUUCCUGUUGGGCGAUACCCUCGGCAUCUUAUAAGCUUGUUUUUCCGGUUGCUGUAUCCAUGGUACUGGCCUUCCUCUUGUUGGAACUUUAUUAAGGCUUGCAUGCAGGCGAUUCUGUAUUCUAUUUUGAGCUUGAUUUUCUCUGUUUGGGAGAAGUUGGGAAAAGCCAAGGAUUCCUAACCGUGUAUACCACAGAAUUUUGCAUAUCCAACCUCGUGUAAAGUUUAAACUGUAAUCAUAUGAAGGCCUCAUUGUCUAGUGUAUGUAUGUGUGUGGCCGUGUUCUCUUCCUUUUGCUUAUUGGCACAUGUUGAUUAUACUGAUUCUGAAAUUACAGAAAUUAAAAAUCAGGUUUGCACCACAAAAAAUCUCUCCCAUUUUUCUUUUUUUGUGGAAGGAUCCCCAUUAAUAAAAUUAUCGUGACAAUAUUAUUGAAACACUUGGUUUAA